AUGGCGCGCGCGCGCGCCGAGGACGUGGACGCGCUCGAGCGCGCGGUGAAACGCCUGCGCGCCGCCGAUGCGUCGACGGCGGACGACGGACACGGGUACGCGCGCGUGAACGCCAUGUUACGAGCGAUGCACUUUGAACGCACGUCGCGCGCGCGCGCGGCGGCGGCGGCGACGACGGAGACGACGACGACGACGACGACGACGACGACGACGGAGACGACGUCGAACGCGACGUAG